AUGCUGGUGUCCCUCCAUUUCUUUUGCUGUCGUGCGCUGCUACUUACACUGGCCUCCUGGGCAGCAGCAUCAGGAGACGACGACGAGCCGUCUACAAGAUUACACAAGUCUCUAGGGAGCGAUGCACUUCAGGUCGUAUGUCAUAUAAAGCGGAUUGCGGAUCUGGCGCGAAAGGAUACACCAACGUACAUCCUAAACAGGAUUAGGGAACGAGAAGCCUCAGCCUUGCAUGCUGUGGGAAGGGUGAAGCACUAUAUAGAUCAAGUCAAUGCCAUCAUUGCAAUGCGCAAGGGCACACCAGACGGUGAAAAGACAGAGCCCCUCAUGACCAAAAUUUAUCAAUUGUGUGGGGAGGCCGAGGCGGCUGCGAACUCCGCAUCGAGUACUGUAGGAAAAGCGAGAGCGAAGGCUGAAACAGCCGCAGGGGAUGUGAUGAAGCACGCCGCUGAAGUGUCCGGGAGUCCUCAAGAUAGAACAACGGACGGUACCGGCUUGCGGCAACUGCUCGAUUGGCAUUGCAAGGGCAACGUUCGCAUUCCUACUGAAUUUGAGUGUGUCUCUUACGGGCCUUCCAGCUCUUCAUCAGAUGGUAGCAGUGGGUCAACAGUGGAUUGUACCCAGCGGCGCCCCGACGUGAACUACAAAACUUUAGAUUCCGCAAAAAUGAAAGCAGCCAUGGAGAAAUGGGUUAGUGUGAAACCACCCGCCUCGGAGACAGUUUCAACAGGAUGCAGAAACUACAAUACAAAUGAAUAUUUGUGCGCGGAACUUGAGAAGUGGGUGCCGUCUUAUAGACGGCUAACGGAAGGAAUGCUUACCCUGGAGCAGGCAUUGCGUGAAGUUAGUUUUGUGGCAGCGGCAGUAGAGCGACAGUGGACAAUUGCGUACCAUCUUUAUAAUGAGGUGGAAAAGAAUCAUGAUUUGGAAUCCCUUUCACAAGUAGUUAAUAAAAAAAAGCACGAGAUUGAAGCAACAAGAAACAGCACAGAGGAUAUGGAAUUUUUGCACCGCAACGGCUCCUUCGACGACGGGCUUACUGACCUAAGUGGCUGCGAGGGGGAGGAAAACGUUGGCGGUAACGGUGACAGCACCGAAGGGGGUCCGCAGAGUAAAGAAUCAGCGGAAGCCUUGAAAAAGUCGCAAAGAAGUAAGAAAAUUAUUGUAUUUGUAACAGUUGGUUUCGUCUCACUUGCAGUUGCCGUUUCCAUAGUAGCGGCGUUCUUGUGCGUGUGCAGGAGGCGGCGGCUGCGAGAGAGUGCCGCACGCACGGGGGAAGUCUCAAAGGAAUGCGCAGAACCUUCAGCAAAGAAGUAA